UAUGAUUAAAUAAACCCCUUGUAUUUUGUUUGCAUUUUCUGAAAAUUUUAUAGUUGAUAUCAAUGGCUCAACAACCACUAAUAAAUUCUGUACGCAAAUAUUUAGCUUCACAUCAUAUGUUUGCUGUGGAGGAGUGGCUCUCGGGAUUUGUUGAGUAUUUAAUGGAAAAUAAUGCAGAGUACAGGGAGAAUGAAGUUCAAACUUUAGCAAAGGAACAAUGGCUGUUGAAUGAUUUAAAAGACAUAUGUCCUGGCUCCUUACCACAGAACUUAAGGAAUCAGCACAAAAUUUCCAUUACUGGAAGAUUUGUGCUUCAAAUUAAUGCUUGUGUUGAUAUUGGAACACCUGCUUAUCAACAAUAUUUGAAGUUACAAAAAGUGAACACUGAAAAUAUUGAAGCAACAACUAAUAAUGAUGAGAAAAUUCCAAGCCACAGAAUGAUAAAGUUAUAUCUGACGGAUGGUGUACAAGAAGUGUCAGGUAUAGAGUACAGGCCUAUGAGGAACCUGAGCUGUGAUAUUACUCCUGGAUGUAAGCUGUUACUCAAAGGUCCGGUAAUAUGUCGUCGUGGAGUGAUGUUACUCACGGAGGCUAAUGUAGAGUUGCUGGGUGGCGAGGUGCAGGAGCUGGCAGAUGAGAACUCCUUGGUUCAACUGCUGGCUUCGAAAUUGGGACUCCCUGCCACUAUACCUCAAGAAAACACAACUAACAAUACAAUACAAAGAACUACCAAUUCAUCAGCUCAAACAUUUAAUGAUGACAGGCAAUAUGAACCAACAUUUGGCCAAACGUCUGACCAACGAAAUAGAACAGAACCGAUAGAUGAAGAAGCAUUUGGCACAUUUGAUGAUGACAUAGACGUUGAUCAACUAGCAGCGAUAGAAGCACAAAUAUUGGACAAUCCCAAUAAAAGGAUUUCAGAUGAAAAUUAUUCUAGACCGGAUAAAAAAGCUAAAAUAAACGAAAACACAGUUAAUUGUGUCGAUGAUUAUCCUGAUGAUGAAGAUAUCAUGUUUGAAGAUGAAGAUUAUAUAAGAGAUAUGGAAGCACAAUUUGAUGCACACGAUAUUGAACUAAAUGCGCAUAUUAAUAAGGAUCCAAAACCAGUGUCAGUAGAACCAUUCGUUUAUAUCAAACAAAUUAAUGAACUAAGUGAAAGUGAAAGAGAGGGUAAGGUGUUCAAAGUGAAAGGACAGAUAAUCAAGUUAUUGUCGAAGUUGUUUGUGAGUAAAGAAGGGUGGAGUUUGAAAUGUGCUAUAGUGGAUGGCACAGGGAGCUUGGACGUGGAUUUCACCAGCGACGUGCUGUCCAAGCUGGUGGGACUCACCCCUGUUGAGAUGAAUCAAAUUAAAAAAGAAAUUGCAACAAAACCUGAACUCAAAAAACAAACAAUCGUGGCUUUAGAAAACGCCAAAAAGAGUCUACAAGUAUUAUAUUGCAUAAUAGAGCUGACAAUGUCUGGAGGCCCGAAGAUAACGCGACUUAUACCAUUCGAUAACUCACAUGUAGAGAAACUGAAGGAAAGACAGUAACCUUUACAUAGAUAUUAGCGUAUAAAGCCUAUUUCUACUAGAUUAAGUUUAGUCUAAAAGAAUAUAAAAGAUGUAAAUAUAAUUUUACGAUAAAACACAAAUUGUUACAAAUAACUUGUUUUAAAGAAAAAAAGGCCUUCGAUUCGAGUAUGUUGAACAUAAAAUAAUGAAUUCAGUGUUUAAUCAAAUAUGGCGUUUCUAUUGGUUAGUUCAAUCAGAAAAUGUGUUAACCAUAGACAUAGGAACAUGGUGUGCUAUAAUAUCAGGGUUUAGUUUUGGUUUUGGGUCACCCAUGAGUCUUAUAAUUGAAGCUGCUUUUUAAGUAUAGGACCACAUAUCUCUAAAUUGAUACAUGUAAUAAAAUUAGAGUGUCUGUAAGAAAAAAAGAAAAAUUCCAGAUUUCAGGAAGAUGGUGUAUUUGCGUUGCUGAUAACGAAAAUUGCAUUUAAAAAAAUUUUGUUUGUCUAUCUAUCCGCAAGCUGCUUUUCUUCCGGGUAAUCUCCGAAACGGCUGGUCCAAUUUCGACGGUACUUACACCGGAGGGUAGAUGACAUGGAUAGGCAUAUUAUAGGCUACUUUUUUAAAUUCCACGCUGUCAAAAUGGCGUAACUGGUAGUUCAAAUUUGCGCUAACGAAGUUUGCGGGCGUCAUCUCAUUUGCCAUACAAUACCAAAUGUAAAUAUAAUUAUUUAUCACAUAAGUUAUAUAAAUAAAACACUA